AUGCCUUCCCAAAAGAAUCAUCAUCAUCAAGAGGAGAAGAAAUCAUCAUCACCAACCAUUUCCUUGCCAGCCUCCUUGUUAUUGAAUUCCUCACUUUCUUCUCGUGUGGUUGUUCCUCCUCCCUCGAGCUCAACUCUUAUUUCAGGCAUUGCUUUAUCGAGUUCCAAAACACCAUCCAAUGCAAAGAAUAACAAGCAACACCACACCACCACCACAACAACAACGAAUUUAUUGGGCUCUUCUUCCAAAAGUAGUAGUAGUAGUUCUACUCACUCAAAUCAACCUCAAUUCUAUUCAACCACCACCACUCCCACAGCAACAACUCGGAAAAUUCAUCUCGUAACCUUGGAGGAGAAACAACGAGAGCAGCAACGAGAGUCCUGUUCUUUCUCUUCGGAAGCUGCAGGUUCAGCAGCCAAAGUUUCAUUGACCACUCCUACUACUCCCACUACUGCUGCUAGCACUUCUUCCUCAAUGAAUGGAAAGAAAAAGCAGAGAAGAAGAAGAUAA